GCAGACGUCACGUUUCUAAUGAUUGGCUGCUACGUUAAUUGGUAAAACCAACCGGCUGUUAACUAUUUAGGUAGUAGGAUGGCGAGCACUCGGCGGCAUGCUCAUAACACCCGGAGGAUGAACCCUGACCGCAGUGGAUCUGUCUGUAGGCAUUUCUUAAAUGGGUAUUGCAGAUUUGGUCCAUUGUGUAAUUAUCGACAUGAAUGGCCAACCUCUCCCCAAGUAUGUAGGUACUAUCAGAAAGGUGGAUGCUGGUAUGGUGACCACUGCAGGUAUCGCCAUGUCCUUCAGCCUGAAACUGAUGCAGGGGUUGCAGAUAGAAGACGUUCAGUACCGAUCGUCUCCUCUAGUGUGGCUCGUGCUCCACCUAGCAGAAGAGGGUCAGAGCCUGCUCUUCUGCAGGCCGAGCUAAUGUCCAGGCAAGAAUGCAGAUCAGAGUCGAUGGUCAACAUUUCAGCUCUGCAAGACAUUAGCCGCCCAGCAGCAGAUGAGAGGCAGUCACAAGAUACUGACUCUGAUAUAACUGCUUCUCAGGAAUCAGUCCAGAGCUCAGAUGUUGCUCAAGCAGGUGCAUGUAAUGGAAGAAAUGAGCAGAAUAUCACUUCAGCUGAGACCACAGAGGAUGGGGCUGGUGCUGCUGCAACCUCCAGUGCCCAGAGGGACGUAGAAGAAAUGGAGGCCUUCCUCCAGAGUAAAGAUGUGAUCUGUGGUGUCUGCAUGGACAAGGUGUACGAGAAGAUGGAUCCAAAGAACAGAGUUUUUGGAAUCUUGCCAAAUUGCAAUCACUCCUUCUGUUUACAAUGUAUCAUUACCUGGAGGAAAACAAAAGACUUUGGCCAGGAUGUGGUAAAGAGCUGCCCAGAGUGUCGAGUGAGGUCUGCCUUUUACGUGCCACACAAAUACUGGGUUGAAGGACAAGCAAAGGCAAGCGUAAUUACUGCCUUCAAAGAGAAAUUCGGUAAAAGAAGAUGCAGUCACUAUACACGUUACAGACGCUGUCCUUUCAAAACGGACUGCCUGUAUCAGCAUGAUGAAUCUGCAUGCCACACAUCACUUCUGUAUCCUGAAGACGAAGAUGAUGAUUAUGAUGACGACGACUACGGUGGUGUCAGUCUGCUAAAUUUUUUGUUAGCCAUGGCCCUUCUUAGUGUUAAUGAUGAUGAUGAUGACGACAACUUUUGACUUCCCUUUCUACCAAACUGAGGAAUACAACUUAGGAGCUUUUCUUUUUGUCAGUCCCUGAAACCACUAAAUGGAGCCUCAACAAAAUAAUCACUGGCAUUAACAUCCUCUUUAUCAUUAUUGAAACUGCAUUUGAGUAUCCGUGAUCAAGGAUAUCAACUAUGCAACAGAGUGCCAAGUGUGUUCACACAUAUUGAACUGUUCAGAUUGCAGCAGAUACUUUCACUAACGAGCGUUCCUUCCACCAGUGUUCCUUCCACUAGAGGACUGUAUUUGUGGAAAUUACCUACUCUAGUAUGAGCAUGUACACUUGGCAGUUUACAGCACAUGGUUUUUCCUCUUUAAGCAUGAAGGAUUAGAAAUGCAAUAUUUAGGUUGUUCUGUGGAUUUCUCAGGUUUUUUUGGGUUUUUUUUAUAUAUACAUAAACUAUCUCUGGGCCAUAAUGCUUCAAACAUGCUGGUUUAUUUCCCCUUAACCUUGAGUGCUCAUUUAUGACAUCUUGUGUAAGAAUGUGCACCCAUUUGAUAUUUUAAAGGCUUGUGUAUGGUUUUUACUGUCUAAAGAUUAAAAAAAUGUACUGUAUCCUCUUCUUGCUAAUGCCCAUUUCUGAUAACUGCCCUAAUUCAUAUUGGUCCCCUUCCCUAGGUUGGCAAGAACACAAUGUUAAGGUUUUAUUUCUUUUUAAACGCGUCGUAGAUGUACACAAAAAAUAAAUUGCGUCACACUUUCUCACUGAAA